AUGGCUGUCCGUCAAGCUCCUCGUUUAUAUAAUUUAGCGUCGACAUUCAAUGCCAGCAAUUUAUCGAGGAAAAACAACUAUUACGGGUUUUCCCGGCUUCUGAGUACCAUACGUCAGGCCGGUUCGGUCGGACUAAAUAAAAAAUUCUUAAUUCCUUCAAUUACCCGAAAUGAGAGAAACUUUCAAUUUUCUGCUUCCACUUUGAACUCUUCCGCUGAAAAUUCAAGUGAAAAAAAGCCAGAAUCAAAAGCCAAAACCUUAGUCAAGAGUUUUCUUCAUGGUUCCGAUUCUGUUAAGGAUCUGGAAAAUCAAACGCACUCAAAGUUGGUGGCGCGUGGGAAAUAUGUUCACGAAUUACAAA